AUGUUCAACGUGAAAACAGCGCGUUUGGCGCUCCUCGUCGCGGUGGGCGUGCUGAUCGUCAUUGCAACAACUACAGGACCCAUUCCACCACAAAAGCAGCCCGGUGCUGCUCCGGCGGCGGCCGCGUUGGCAGGAGGGGCAGCCUCGGGGAACAGCGAGCCAAAUCUAAACCCUCUCUCUGGGGACGUCCCAGUCGGCCGCCGAGAAGCCCCUCAACCCGCGUCCGGCGCUGCCAAUGCCGCAGCAGCAGCAGCAGCAGCAAAAAAACCACACCCACCAGCUGCCUCACCAGCCGCAGUGGCAGCAGCAGCAGCAGCAGCAGCAUCGGACAAGAAGGACGCGGCGGCAGAAGGUGUCAUGGGCGAUGCUCCACCUGCUCCCGUCGACCCCAACGACCCCUUCCUACCACAAAACCGCAAGCUGGCCCCUCUCGAGUCCUACAAGCCGCUCGUCGACGAUGGUGUCAUGCGCAUCAACGUCAUGAUCGCCUCGGACGCCAACACUUUGAUCGGCGUUAUCGCUGUUGUCAAGUCCAUUCUCGCAAACACCAAAACCCCUGAUCGCAUCGAUUUCUACCUCAUCGUCGACACCGACCAAGAGGCAGUCCGCUGCCAACGCUGGCUCAACCUUGCAUUCGAAAAGAAGCGACAGGCUCAGUUCUGGGUCAAGGUCUUCCCGCUCGAGUGGGUCGCCAACAAGAUCAAGAUCCGUGGCCGUCGUCAAGAUCUCGCUUCGCCUGCAAACUAUGCUCGUUACUACGUGCUGGACUUGUUCCCCAAUUUGACUGGCCGCAUUGCCUACAUUGACUCCGACGUCGUCGUGCAAGACGACGUUGCCGGCCUGUACUUCCACCCCAUCGAGCCAGGGCACAUUGGCGCGUUUGUCAAGGACUGCCACAAUGAGCUCCGCUUCUUUAUCAACUUUGAGCAUCCGCGAGUGCUGGCACAGCAGAUGGAUCCCAGCACCUGCAGCUUCAACGCUGGUGUCUACGUGGCCGACCUCACCGAGUGGAAGCGCCAGCGCAUGAGCAAGGAGCUCGAGUUUUGGAUGGAGCUCAACACACGCGAAAACGUCUACGGUGGCGAAGGUUCGGGCGGCGGCUCGCAGCCUCCCAUGCUGCUGGCCUUGUACGGUCGCGCAACCGAGCUCAAUCCCCUCUGGCACGUCCGGCACCUCGGAUGGUCUGGCAGCUAUGCCUACACGGCAGAGUUUGUGAAAUCGGCGCAUCUCUUGCACUGGAACGGUGCUGGCAAGCCCUGGUUGCUUGUUCCCGGCGUUAACUUCCCGUCCGUGUGGCGCCAGUUCUGCACUCCCGAACCCGAGUUGAGUGCAACUGCGUGCUCUGAACCCAGCGAUGGACCAUCGUACAAGUACGUCUCUGACGAGGCCAUGCUGGCCGAACACUGCACACAAGUGCGGGAGCAGCGUGCGGCAGAUGCCGAGAUUGGUAUUGCCCUCGAUUGCACCUUCCCUUGGUGA